GCAGGCUUUCUCUCUGCCCUUUUCCAUUCCGAGGAAACCAUCUCUCUUGGUGGCCAUAUCCAGACCGGCCACGCUGCCUGGCCCUACACAGACAGCAUGUUGGAUCAAAGGCCAUGGAGGACCACGUUGGACCAUUCAAAGACAGAAAGCCACCUGGAAGUCAUGGUUUCCUUGUGGCCUGUCAUCUGUGUUUUCCUCCCUGGUAUCCUGAUUGUCCAGCCCCUAAUUCCGGGAGGUCCCCAGAAUGUUCCUGUGAACAGGACUGAUGUCAUUGAAAUGGCAGAUUUUUCUGUGGACAAAUACAAUGAAAAGUCAACUGAUGAAUAUUUGGUGAACGAUAUACAAAUAAUUAAAGCCACAAUGCAGGUGAUUGCAGGAAGGCGUUACGCUUUGGAUGUUCUGAUUGGGCAAGCAAAAUGCAAGAAAAAUUCUUUACCUAAAAAGAAAUGUUGUCACUUUGUGGUAGUAGUUCCUUUACUGAGGAGAAAAGAGCUUGAGAAAAUCACCUGCAGUCGUCACUGGAGUUUUUGGCCAAAAUGUCCUCUUUAAAUGCCUGAAAGCCCCAUUUGUGCAUUUUUCAUGUUUGCGGUAUAUGAUGUUUCAGGAUGUACUGCUCAAAUAAUAAAU